GGGAAACCCUGAGCAACGCUGCAGGAUUAACCCCCCUGGCGGAAUUCCUGAGUGUAGCUUGGGGUAAAGUUUCAGUACAUACUGUACUGAACAUUCGGGCUUACCAUGCAGCUCUGCUCCAGGAUCCCUCGAUCACUUACCUUGUCCUGCGCUCCCGCGAUGUCCCUCCUGCAGUGUUCCCGGCAAUGUAAUCCGGCGGAUGCCAGCAUCUGUCAUCUGGGUUCUGUCCCCUGCGAGCGUCGGGACGUACGGGGACGGAACGGCGGGAAAUUUUGAAAAUGACAAAAAGUGA